UUAAUAAUAUACACAUAUAUGUACAUAGAGUGCACAUUCAUCUGUACCGCUAAAUGAGGUGUAAAUGAACAACAAAUAAGUGUAAAUGAGUCCGCUAACGGUUGACUCCGCUUCGCCUGGUCAUGAAUUGAUGUUGAUGAAAUGUGUUAUACAUACAGCUGCAAAUAUAAAUAUAAAACAUCAUUUUCUACGCAAUAUCAGCAUCCAACAAAAGUUACCGAGUCCGUGGAAAUCUAUUCGCUUUCCCGAUAAAGGAUCGAUCUUAAAAUGUACAAAAUGAUAUCAAAAACAUUUGUGCGCGAGGGCAUGAAGCCCUUAAAACGAACAUGGAGCAGCUCAAUACAACGUGGUCUUGUGAAAGUGGACAGAGAGACGGAGAAGUCCAAGAAAGUGGCCAAUCUCAAAUGGUACUGGUUCGGCAGAUACAUAAAUUACAUCAAGAACUAUGAACAUACGUUGGAGCGUAAAUUUCCGCGUACGAUGCACAUGUACCGUGUGUUCAGUGUCGGCACCAGAGACGUGUAUACAAACUUAAAAAGUUUCGUCACUGCAAUAAAGAAGCAGGGAUCAAACGGCGUAGAUAGCUUAACACGGGAGCAGCUGCAGCUGAUGUACACAAUGCCGAGGGAUUUGCGAAAGCUCUUGCCGUUGUUUCUACUGUCGGCUGCACCGUUUACGAAUUAUGUUAUUUUUCCUCUAGCCCUGUAUUUUCCACGUUACUUAUUGACGUCACACUACUGGACGCUGCAACAGAAGCUAGAAUUCAUGCUGUCUGAUCAUAAGGCGAGGUUGAAGCACAACAGACCAUUGUUCAGAUGCAUGCAGGCGGAGCUCAAGAGCAUCAAGGAUGAAACACUCAGGAUAAAAUGGCGAGACAUUAUAGCUUGCUUAGGAAGUGGUACACAUCCAACCACCAAGAAUAUCAUAACUUGUUCCAAGCUUUUUUCAGGCCCACCAUAUUCCCUCAAUAAUCUCAAAAGGAAACACCUGAAAGAAUUGUUGGCAAUACAUGGUAUGUCGCUAUGGAGACCUUUCAAGAAGAAAAGAUUGACGGAAAGGGGUAUGUUAAUAUUGCGAAUGGAUCGUGCUAUCAUACGAGAAGGAGGAAUAAAAGAAAUGUCCAACGAAGCGAUGCGAUGGGCAUUAUCCUUUAGAGGCGUAAAUCCUGCAAAUAUGUCUAUAGAAAGUAUGAGAAGCUGGCUUGAGCAAUGGUUAAUAGUAUCAGCAUCUGUCGACCAAAAUAAUUUAUCUUUAUUAUUACACAGCCCUAUUUUAUUAGCUUAUAAUCAUUCAACAAAUUGGACUCUUAUAUAUAAUUGAAAAAAUUUUAGAAUUUUU